CGCAUUUAAGGCGUCUAAUACUUUUUGGAAUUAGAGGAAAACAUUACCAGCAGAAAAACAAAAAUACUAGUGAAUUGAUGCAACUUAUGGUUAACAAAAAAAGACGUGAAUUAGCUUUACAAAAAACCAGGUUAUCAAGUUUAUUUAAUUAUGUCGAGUUAAUUAUCGAAAGGGACUAUACCAAUGGAGAAUCAUGUCAAUUCAAUAAUAAUCUUCCUAAAGAAAUCAACGAAAGGAUAAGUCCAAUAAGAUUUAAAGAAACAAUUAACAGGUUGAAUGAAUUAUUAGAGAAAGCGAAUAAUCCAAAAUAUGCUGUAAUUGGCAAUAUUCUUGAAUGCUUAACAAUAUACACCUCAACAUUUUGUUUGAGAUCACAUUAUGACAAGAUGAUCGAGGAGGUCUGUCUAUUUUUAGACGAUGAGAAUAUAAAUUAUUAUAAUCGAUUGGGUUUAAACUUUAGAGAUCCGUUUGCGAUUAACGAUAAAGAAAAGGCAAUCGUAGUUGCUUUUAGAGGUACAGCAAAUGUAAAAAGCUUCCUUAAUGAUCUCGAGUUUGUUCAAGUUCCAUUCUUUGACAAAUCUAACAAUGCAAAGGUUCAUUCUGGAUUUCUUGCUACAUAUAACGACACAAGAACAGAAAUAACAAAUUUAGUAAAAAAAUUGGUAGCUGAAAAUCCCGAUUACAAAGUUGUUAGCACUGGCCAUAGCUUAGGUGGAUCAUUAGCAAUUUUCCAAACCCUUGAUUUAAUUGGAGUACCAGGUUUAAAUCCAUCAAACUUGUUAACUUAUACAUAUGGUGAACCAAGAACAGGAGAUAAAAAUUUCGCUGCUUUGGUUGAAAAAACCGGCUUUAGUUUUUUCAGAGUUGUAAAUAAAGCUGACCUAGUUCCACACGUGCCACCUCAAGAAUUUAAAUACCAACAUCAUAGUGCGCAAUUUUGGAUUAGACCUGAUAAUAACAAAAUUGUCAAGUGUCAAGAUCCCGAGGAUACAACUUGCGCAAAUUCUCAGAAACUUCCAAAUAUUAACUUGAUCAACCAUGCAAAAUAUUUUGAUACA